AUGGAGGGGUGAGAUACUGACACAACAACACCACAACAACACAACUACACAACACUGACACAACAACACCACAACACAACUACACAACACUGACACAACAACACACUGACACAGCAACCCCACAACAACAACACACUGACACAACAACACAACACUGACACAACAACACACUGACACAGCAACCCCACAACAACAACACAACACACACUGACACAACUACACACACUGACACAACACAACAACGACACAACUACACACACUGACACAACUACACACACUGACACAACAACACACUGACACAACAACACAACACUGACACAACAACACACUGACACAGCAACCCCACAACAACAACACAACACACACUGACACAACUACACACACUGACACAACACAACAACGACACAACUACACACACUGACACAACUACACACACUGACACAACAACACACUGACACAACAACACAACACUGACACAACAACACACUGACACAACUACACACACCGACACAACAACACACCGACACAACAACACAACAACCACAACUACACACACCGACACAACCACACACACCGACACAAACAACACACCGACACAACAACAACACAACAACGAUGAAGGAACCACACGACACCGACACACAACCACACACACUGACACAACAACACACCGACACAACAACACAACAAAUCCACAACCACACACACUGACACAACCACACACACUGACACAACUACACACACUGACACAACUACACACACUGACACAACUACACACACUGACACAACAACACACUGACACAACAACACACUGACACAACAACACACUGACACAAUAACACACUGACACAAUAACACACUGACACAACAACAACAACACACUGACACAACAACACCACAACAACAACACAACACACUGACACAACAACACCACACACACUGACACAACAACAACACAACACUGACACAACAACACCACAACAACACACUGACACAACAACACAACAACAACACAACACUGACACAACAACACCACAACAACACAACACUGACACAACAACACACUGACACAGCAACCCCACAACUACACACACUGACACAACAACACAACACACUGACACAACAACACACUGACACAACAACACAACACACACUGACACCACAACACACUGACACAACAACACAACACACACUGACACAACACACUGACACAACACACACUGACAUAACACACACUGACACAACAACACACACUGACACAACAACACAACAACAACACACUGACACAGCAACCCCACAACUACACACACUGACACAACAACACACUGACACAACAACACACUGACACAACAACACACCGACACAACAACACACUGACACAACAACACACUGACACAACAACACACUGACACCACAACACACUGACACCACAACACAACACACACUGACACCACAACACACUGACACCACAACACAACACAACACACACUGACACAACAACACACUGACACAACAACACAACACACACUGACACAACAACAACACAACACUGACACAACAACACACUGACACAACAACACACUGACACAACAACACACUGACACCACAACACACUGACACCACAACACACUGACACCACAACACAACACACACUGACACAACAACACACUGACACAACAACACAACACACACUGACACAACACACACUGACACAACAACACACUGACACAACAACACAACACUGACACAACACACUGACACAACAACAACACACUGACACAACGCACACUGACAGAACAACACGCGUUAAUACACCCUACCACUGACACAGUGUUACACUACACACACUGAUACACACUGCUACACAGUGACACUACACAUUAAUGCAGCCUAACACUGACACUACACACAGUGACAGUACACACAAUGCGAACAGAACUAGACACACUGACACUACACACAGUGUAUGAAACACAAAAUGGUUUAGGCACUCCAAGGUUCAGAAAUGGCAAAUUUAUUGAAGCCCAAUGUAACAAAGAAUGUGUAGGUUGAAACGUUGGUUUGUACUUUAAUAAAUUUGCCAUUUCUGAACCUUGGAGUGCCUAAACCAUUUUGUAUUUUGUAUUUCAUGCUUAUUGUUAUUGGGACCUGAUGCUUGGUCCUGGUUCGGUUGCACCCUGUCUCAGAGUGAUUGGAUUGAGUGCAGUUCCUUAUUGCUUUUUGGAAAAAAACUACACACAGUGUAAACACAACUACACACUGACAGUACACAUAGUGUAAACACAACUACACACACUGACAGUACACAUAGUAUAAACACAACUACACAUAGUGACAACCAUACACAACCUGACACUAAUAUACACACACUGACAGUACACAUAGUGUAAACACAACUACACACACUGACAGUACACAUAGUGUAAACACAACUACACAUAGUGACAACCAUACACAACCUGACACUAAUAUACACACACUGACAGUACACAGUGUAAACACAACUACACACACUGACAGUACACAUAGUAUAAACACAACUACACACACUGACAGUACACACAGUGUAAACACAACUACACACAGUGUAAACACAACUACACACAGUGUAAACACAACUACACACAGUGACAACCAUACACAACCUGACACAAAUAUACACACACUGACACUACACACACUGUAGGCACAACUACACAAACUAAAUGCAAACACUAAAUGUACAGUGACAUACAAUAAAAUACACUGACACUUCCUCACACACACACACACAUAACAUCAAACUGACACAAUAAAUGUUCUCAUCUGAUGCUAUUCCUCACACUGCAAUGCAAUAUGUUGACACCAACUAGUGAUAUUUGUCUCUUUGACUGUAAUAAACACACAUUUGCCGUUAUGAAAAUCAGCAAUGUGUGUUUUUGAAGUGUAAUUUGCUGUUCUUGAAGUUUAUGAUUGUAUCUUUCGCUCUAUGAUUGGAGCUGUCAGUGGGCUAGUAGUCUGUUUGAAGAUUUUUCUCUGCUUUCUCUAAUUGCUUUAAGGCUGUGUUGUCACUUGUGUUUUUUGUGUUUUUUUUUGUUUUGUUUUGUCACUGACAGAGUUGUGCAAUCUUUCUGCUCUCAAUAGUGCAGACGCUCGAAAUGAGGUCUUAUGGGGCACCCUGUGUGCCGUCAUUCAGAUACCAUAGGUGCAUGAGAAGAUGUGGUUUCCCUGUACCAAUCUCAAUUGGAGACUAGUAUUUUGGGAGGAAAUUGUUACUUGCACAAUAUGAGGCAGCUCACUCUUUACUUUCUGUGUUUUAUAAUGGUACCAUUUCAGUGACAUUCCUAAGCAAGAUAUAUUUUUUUCAUUAAAAUUCUAUCUUUAUGAUAAUCUCAGGACUGAUAUUGCCGCUUUAAAGCAGCAAGAUCUAUGUAGGUUCAGGUAUGUUCCUUCUGAUUGCAAACAAACACUCCAUUGUUAAAAAUAAAUAUACUGCUUUUUUAUUUAAAAAAAAUGUUUAUGGUUUCAAUAAGGUAGGGGGGUACAGAAAGUUAAAAGGGGAGGCACCAUCAGUUAUCAUUACACAGCAUUAUACAAGUAACCAAUACUAAGACAGUUAUUAUACGAUAAGAGUUGUUGCUACUACAUUUUAUUUAUUUUUUUCAUAAAAAAAAAGCAGUGGGUGUAGCAGUCCCCAAACAAUGAGCAUUUCAGUAAGUGUAAGUGCUAUACAAACCAGUAUAAUAAUGUUUUCUAUCAUUCAACAAUAACUCUACUUGGUUUGUGGCUAGAAGCAUAUGUCAACCCAGUGCUAAUCAACCCUAGGCAUCUUUCAUCUUGUUGUUACAAGGUUUUGAGGGCUAUCCGAUCUCCAUGUGUUCCAAAAGUUCCAUGAUUCGGUAUAAAGUUUGGAGGGGGAGAAUAUGGUUCCAAAACAUUUUUCGUAUAUGUGUUGUUUGUUGUUUGUCUAAGGCAUUAAGCACUUUUGAAAUUUGGGGCGCUAUAGGGGAUUUACAAGCUCUUGAAAUCAAUUGCUAUGCUGUUAAAAUGAAUAUGUAGCAUUUAAUUUCUCUUUGGGGCAUAAAGGGCAGGGAGCAACCCGCCACCUGCGCUAUUAAUGUUCGGAUAGUUCUCCUGCAGACUUGUAAGUCUUGUUCCCAUUGUUGGGCUGGCUUAGAUGUUGGUAAAGAUAUGUGGUCAGAUAUCAAUUUAUAACACAUGGAGAUUGGCUUACAAGACGGUGGUGUUACCAUUUAUGCACAGUUGUUCCCAUUCCGUCAACCCUGGUGUUACGUCCCCUUGUGGCACUUUUGGAGCGUAGUUAUGUGUGAGGAAAGAUUUAAGUUGCAGGUAGGAGUAUUGUGAGGUUGCAGGAAGGGCAAGUUUGGACACUAAAGUUGGUAAAGGCUAUAAGAGUGGUAUGUCGGAAGAGAUGAUAUAAGUGUGUUGUGCCAUGUUCAUACCACAAAUUGGUGUUAAAAGUUGGUUUACAAUACGACAAGGCCAAAAUUGGGGUAGCUAACGAUGAGCCUUUGGUGCUGCAGAGUUUGUCUAAAUCUGUCCCGUGUUUGUAAGAAUAGUCUAACAGUGGAGGCAAUAUACUGCUUUUUAAUGUUCCUGUUAGUGUUAAAUCUCUCUAAAAACCAAUGUUGGGACAGUCUUCUCUUUGCAGCCACUCCACUCCGGUGAAGUCAUCAGUAAUAAUUACUUUUUGUCAAAUCCAGUAUUUCUUUAAAGGACCACUAUAGGCACCCAGACCACUUCAGCUUAAUGAAGUGGUCUGGGUGCCAGGGCCAGCUAGGUUUAACCCUUUUUUUUUAAUAAACAUAGCAGUUUCAGAGAAACUAUGUCUAUAUUAGGGUUAAUCCAGCCUCUAGUGGCUGUCUCAUUGACAGCCGCUAGAGGGCUUCCGCGCUUCUCACUGUGAUUUUCACAGUUAGAAGACGCCAGUGUCCAUAGGAAAGCAUUGAGAAUGCUUUCCUAUGGACUGGCUGAAUGUGCGUGCGGCUCUUGCCGUGCAUGCGCAUUCAGCCGGUGACGGAAGAAGAGGGAGGAGAGGAGGAGAGCUCCCCGCCCGGCGCUGGAGAAAGAGGUAAGUUUAACCCCUUCCUCUCCAUCCAGCCCGGCGGAAGGGGGUCCCUGAGGGUGGGGGCACCCUCAGGGCACUAUAGUGCCAGGAAAGCACGAGCUGGAUGCAUGUCUGUCUGACAGUCACUAUAUGCAUGAUUACAAAUAAAUGUAAACAUUGCCAUGUCUCACUUCAUUAACCCCUUUAAGGACGGCGUGCGUGCUAUGCCGUCCUUGGGGACCCGGCUCUAAACGCCGGAAGGCGGCAUAGCGUGUCCAUGCCACCCAAAGGACUUACCUGCAUCCCAGGGACCCUCGUGAUUGUGGGACGUACCUGGCAUCCCAGGGGGUCCCCCUGCUGCCGAUCCGGCCCUCCUGGGCCAUGUGAUCGCGAGGACCUCACAAUCACAUGGACGGAAUAGCCGUCCAUAGCAGUGCCAGCAGGGGGAGUGCCUGGAAUGACAGGUAGUCCAUUUGCUGCCUGAAAAAAAGUUAAAGUUUUAAAACAGUGUAAAAUUAAAUAAUAUAUACUUAGAUUUUAUAUAUAUACACAACUCAACUUUGAAUUCUAUGUGUCGUCUUGCUCAGAAAUGCUUCUGACUUGAGAAAGGGAAAUUCUCCUGAAAGCUUGUCAUUAAAAAAGGUUUUACAAGAUACAAAUUUUAUCUGCUUUUUACAUAUAUAUAUAUAUAUAUAUAUAUAUAUAUAUAUAUAUAUAUAUACACACACACAUACAGUGUCUAAGUGUAUUUUAUUAUUAAUAUAUAUAUAUAUAUGUAUGUGAUCAAGUGCAGUAAUCAAUUGUCAGGGAUUACAUUUUACUGUCAUUUUUUUUUUUCACCCUCAGGGGUUAAAUUUAUUUGAUUAAUUUAAAUAUUUUAAAAUUAUAUUUAGCUAGCUGGGGUGGGUGGACGUUAGUGGGGAAUUGGGGGAUUUGGUGUUAGGCUAACUAGGGGUUAACGUUAAAAAAAAGUUUUAAAAUAAACUUAAAAAAACCUUUACCCAGUCCAAAUAAAAAUUAACCCCUUCCCUGCCAGUCGAUUACUGCCUACAGUGAUCAAAAUACAGAUCACAGUAUUAUACUGUGAUCAAAUUUUUUUUUAACCCCUAAAGAUUAACUUUUAUUUAUUUUUUAACCCUCAGGGGUUCAAUUUAUUUAAUUUAAAUAUUUUAUAAUUAUUAGUUUGCUAGCUGGGGUGGGUGGGAGUUAUGGGAAAAUGGUGAAUUUACUGUUAGUGCUGCUAGUUAGGGGUUAACGGUAAAAAAAAAAAGCUUAGAAAAAUGUUAAAUCAGUAAAAAAAAAAAAAAGUUUUAAGAAAGUUUAGGAAAGUUUUAAAAAAUUAAUAAGCAAAACAAAAGUUUAAAAACUAGUUUUUAAAAGUAAAAAAAGUUUAAAAAAGUUAAAAAAUACAUUUUAAAAUGCUCAUUACCACUACACUUGGUACAAGCUAGCGGAAAAAUGAUCCCAUGUUAAGGUUCAAAAUAUGCCUUUUGUAAUACCCUGGGAUGUCUUCUUUAAGAAAUGGUAUGGCUUUUUGGGGUAUUUGGAUUAUAUAGCCUGGUAAAAUACUCUAAAAUGGGACAUGGGCACAGCGUAAAAAUGUAAAGUUUGAAAAAAACUGUAAUGGCUGUGUCCCAAAUGUGCCCCUCCGAUGUCCACAUAUACCUGGCAAAGGUACAUACGUGGGUAUUGCUGUACUCAGCCGACAUAGCUGAGCAACAUAUGAAGUAUUAUACAGUUGCAGCACACAUAAGGUUUGCAAAAUAUACUUUGCAAACUCACUUUGUGUGUCAAAAAGGCAGAAAAAACGCUUAUUACCACUACACUUGGUACAAGCUAGCGGAAAAAUGAUCCCACGCUAAGGUUCAAAAUAUACCUUUUGAAAUACACUUGGGUACUUUAAGAAAUGGUAUGGCUUUAUGGGGUAGUUUGAAUUUAAACCCUGCUAAGAUGCUUGGAGAUUGCACAUAGGCCCAGCAAGUUCGGUAAAAACUGAUAUGGCUUGGUCUCCUAUAUGGCACUGUAGUGCCAAAGACAUUCAUUGGGGGUGUAUUUUUACUCAGAAGACUUAGCUGAGCAUCAUUUGGGGGGUUUGAACUUAGUGGCACAUGUAAAAUAUACAAAAUACCCAACAAAAAUGUAAUCCGUAUGUAAAAAACUCACAAAAUUAUUUUUUACCACAUACUUUGGCAUAUAUUGGUGAAAAAAUGGGGGCAUGUUAAGGCACAAUAUGCACCUUAUGAGAUACCCUGGAGUGUCUACUUUUACAAAUGGUAGGCCUUUGUGGGCUUUUUUUGAACAGUCAAACUGUUAUAAUACCCCAAAUGGAAGCAUAGGCUCAUUAAAUCCGCCUCUCAAAAUUCUACUGUAAAUACUGAAAAGGACAGGUCUCCUAUAUGGCACUGUAGCUUCACGAAAUAGUGCCAAAGACAUACACUGGGGGUAUCCUUGUACUCAGCAGAUGUAACUGAACACAAAAUAAAACUUUGUACAGGAAUAGCACACACCAACUUUACAAAAUACACAUGAGAAUUUCUUUGUUAUAAGUUUGUGUGCCAAAAACAACGCACAAUUUUACUCCCAUAUUUAGCAGAGGUUGGCGGUGAAAUGGCUAGAAAGUGUCAAAACAACCCUAGGAAAAUAGCCCGUGAUGUCUACUUUAUGUAAAUAUAUACUUUUGUGUGGCAAUUCUGUUUUCUUUUAUGGCUAUUACGCUUACAAGACAAACAUACCAAAUUCUAAAAUCGCUCCACAUUAAAAGUUUAUUUUACUCCUUGUGCUUUGUGACCUGUAACUACCAAAACAAACUUAAAAUCCCAGACACAUUAUAUAUUCUGUAAAUCAGAACAACUAAAUGAAUUUAUUAAGUGUUCUUGCAAGAACACUUAUUGUUAUCUCACAUAUAUAUUAUUCUUAUUAUAGCCAAAUUUGCCACCCUAACUCCUCCCACAGUUUUUACACUACAUAGACCAAAAUUUACCAAAACGUGCAGAUUGUUCCCGAUCGGAUUGCUAUUACUUUGUGGAACGUUUCGCCGAAUGGUUCACGGAAUAUCGUCGUUUUUGUGGCGCAAUUUGUCCCAUAGGAAUGAAUGGCAAAGCUAGAGUGGGAGCUGCCAAAAGCUGAAAAAUCAGGACAUGAUUUCUAAACUGCCACCACUCCCUUAUUUUCAGGCUCACCUACACAAUAUAUAUCUUAUAUCAAAACGUUCAGCUAUCCCUGCUGCCACUAAACAUGUCAACGGCUAAGCCGUAGUCCUGAUAGUUUUCACAAUAUGACCAUUUGUUUGCAACCAACGCCAUCCAUUGACAUUCAUUGAAACUUCACUCUCCAAAGCUCAAAUAUGAAGUGCAAUUUCUAAACUGCGACUGUGCCUUCAAUUUUAAUACUUCAGAGACAUACUAUGCAUCAAAACGUAGGUCUGGGUCUUGUGAUUCUCGCAAUAUAAAGCUCUUCGCUGUAGGAGUUAUAGUUUUUUUUAAGAUACGACCGUUUGAAGAUGGCAACCGCCAAAAUACUCUGACCUGUGUCAAGCUGCAGCAGCAAGUGAUGUCAUAGACAGGGCCUUUUGAACACCUGCUAAUGUUUUUAUAAAUGUAUGGUUUAAUGUAACUGUGCAACAACGUUGCAAUUAAAUGUGUUUUGUAAAUGAUAACAGUUACUCCGCCCACUCCAGUUGUAGACUACUGGUGGAGGCAAGAACACUUCACACAAUUUCCCCUGAAAUUGUAACUUUUCUAGUUUUUAAUUACUUUCCUUAACCUGCACUAAUUAUGCACACACUAUUAUUGCAAAAACUGUAAAAAAAAAAAAACCCACAAACAAUUUCAUUAUAUAUAUAUAUAUAUAUAUAUAUGUUACAUCAAAUUAAAGCCCUUUCUGUCCUUUAAAAAACGUUAUAUAAUAUGUGUCGGUGCAAUAAAUUAGUAAAAUGCAAAUUGCAGUUGAACACAAACAGCAAAAAAUGCUGUUGUCAUUAAGUGAAAGACAAUCUUCUGGAGCUCUGUCCUUAAGGGGUUAAGAUGAUGUAGUUAUGCUGCUUAGACUAUUCCUUUGAGGAUAAAUCGUUACAUGUUUGUGGUACUACAAUAAACACAAGAUUUUUUUCACACUGUUACAAUUUGAAUUUAUUAGUAGUAGAUGCUGCCUUCUUGGGAUGUUGUUAUACCAUUAAAAGACACUCCGUGUGAGCUCUAGUGGUUAAAUAGUCAAACUGUUUAAGUGCAGUUUACCAACCUACCUGGGAUCCGCUGUGUGCCUGAUUUUGCCUACUCUUCAGACUAACCUCCAGCACUGAUCUAAGCCAGCUGUGCCGGGCUGCAUUCAUUGGCUGAGAACACUGAGACAAUGAACCAACCCGAGAGCAAAACCAACAACCAAAAUGUUUAAGUACAUAAAUUCUAAAAAAAUAAAAAAUGAAAGUGUAGGUACACUAAAAACCGGGAUGGGGGUGUUAGUUAAUGAACACAAGGAAAAGGCAGACAUUUUUAAAUAACUAUUUUUCAUCUGUGUAUUUUAAGGAAGAACAUAUGGCAAUAGAUGUGCAAAUAACAUGCACGACAAUUGUAAUUGGCUAACUCAAGACAAGGUGCUGCAGCAACUAAAGAAAGUUAAUAUAAACAAACCCCCGGGGAUGCUGUCAGCAAACAGCUUGUUUUUCUGAGGCAAACAGCGUGCAGAGUUACAGCUUCAGACUUGAAUACAGUAAGAUUUUGCUAUAUUUAUGGAGGCAUGAGGUGCCCAGGGGGGCUAGAUGGUGGUUUUAACACUAUAGGGUCAGGAAUACAUGUUUGCUGUUUGCAUCAAAAAAAACAAUCUGUCUGCUGACAUCAGAAGUGGUGGCCUGAUCCAAUCACAGUGCUUCCCCAUAGGAUUGGCUGAGACUGACAAAGAGGCAGAUCAGGGGCAGAGCCAGCAUGAUUCAAACACAGCACUGGCCAAUCGGCAUCUCCUCAUAGAGAUGAAUUGAAUCAAUGAAUCUCUAUGAGGAAAGUUCAGUGUCUGCAUGCAAAGGGAGGAGAUACGGAAUGUUUGGAUGCAUUUUAGGCAGCCAUGACCCAGGAAGGAUCUCUAACAGCCAUCCGAGGAGUGGCCAGUGAAGUAAUCACUAGGCUGUAAUGUAAACACUGCAUUUCCUCUGAAAAGACAGUGUUUACAGCAAAAAGCCUGAAGGUAAUGAUUCUACUCACCAGAACAAAUUCAAUAAGCUGUAGUUGUUCUGGUGACUAUAGUGUCCCUUUAACCCCUUAAGGACCAAACUUCUGGAAUAAAAGGGAAUCAUGACAUGUCACACAUGUCGUGUGUCCUUAAGGGGUUAAAGGACCACUAUAGUACCAGGAAAACAAAUUCGUUUUCCUGGCACUAUAGUGUUAAUAGGUCCCCCCUCCCGCCGGGCUCUAGGGGGAGGAAGGGGUUAAAGGCUUAACUUUCUCCAGCGCCGGCUCCCUCGGCGCUGGGGACUCUCCUCCCUCUUCCGACGCAUGCACGGCAAGAGCCACGCGCGCAUUCAACCAGUCCAUAGGAAAGCAUUUCUCAAUGCUUUCCUAUGGACGCAAGCGUCUUCUCACUGUGAAAAUUGCAGUGAGAAGCGCCUCUAGCGCCUGUCAAUGAGCCACUAGAGGCUGGAUUUUAACCCUAAUGUAAACAUAGCAGUUUCUCUGAAACUGCUAUGUUUACAGCUGCAGGGUUAACCCUAGAUGGACCUGGCACCCAGACCACUUCAUUAAGCUGAACUGGUUUGAGUGACUAUAGUGGUCAUUUAAUAAAAGGAAUGGAACAUAUCCGCUAUGAAGAAAGGUUAACAAAUUUAAACUUCUUUAGUUUAGAAAAACGUUGCCUCAGAGGGGAUAUGAUAAAAUUAUACAUAUAUAUUCAUGGCCAAUACAAACCAUUGUGUGGAAAUGUAUUCACAAACCAGACUUUACUAGGACACAGGGUCAUGUGUUUAGAUUGGAAGAAAGAAGAUUUCGUCUAAGGCAAAGGAAAGGUUUUUUACAGUAAGAACAAUAAGGAUAUGGAAUUCUCUACCUGAAGAAGUGGUUUUAUCAGAGUCCAUACAGAUGUUUAAACAGAAUAUUCAAUUAUAUAAUUUUUCAGUGUAGGGGAAUAGCUUCUUGAUCUAAGGAACAAUCUGACUGCCGGUCUGGAGUCAAGAGGGAAAUAGUUUUUCCUAGUUUGUUGCAAAAUUGGAAGCGCUUCAAACUGGGUUUUUUGCCUUCUUUUGGAUCAACAGCAAAAAAACAAACUGAGGAAGGCUGAAGUUGAUGGACACAAGUUUCCUUUCAGCCUAUUUAACUACAUUAUAACUACAUUAUAUGGCUAAGAUCAGGCAUUUCAUGGAAGCUCCAAGCAUUAGCUUCCGUCUAUAAAGGAGGUAAUGGGGGACACCUGGUGUAUCCCAGGUUAGUUGUCAAACCAUUCGUACAUGGUAGUAGGUCGCUUGGUCAUUCCUGGCACUAUAACCACUUCAGUCCAGUUGACAAUGGCAUUCUUAUACCCAGAUGCUAAAUCCUGAGUUCUCUUUCUUAUAUUUCAAUAUGCUAUAUUCCCCUACAUUAUCUGAUCCUCUCAUCUCCAAAUAUUGCUAGAAUAGGUUAAAGGAUCUUAACAUGUAUAGCUUGGAGGAAAGACGAGACUGGGGGGGAUAUGAUAGAAACAUUUAAAUACAUAAAGGGAAUCAACACAGUAAAGGAGGAGACUAUAUUUAAAAGAAGAAAAACUACCACAACAAGAGGACAUAGUCUUAAAUUAGAGGGGCAAAGGUUUAAAAAUAAUAUCAGGAAGUAUUACUUUACUGAGAGGGUAGUGGAUGCAUGGAAUAGCCUUCCAGCUGAAGUGGUAGAGGUUAACACAGUAAAGGAGUUUAAGCAUGGGUGGGAUAGGCAUAAGGCUAUCCUAACUAUAAGAUAAGGCCAGGGACUAAUGAAAGUAUUUAGAAAAUUGGGCAGACUAGAUGGGCCGAAUGGUUCUUAUCUGCCGUCACAUUCUAUGUUUCUAUGUUAAUAGUUCCAUCUAAAUCUAAUUGCAGUUGCAUUUAUCUGGUGAAAUCUCGUUGUGUGCUCUUUAUGUGUGAACAUGAGUGGCACUGCAGAAUCUGUUGGCGCUGUAUGAAUAAGCAAUGAUUAGCAUUUUUUUUUUUUAUUCUCUAUUCCCACCACAGCACACUUCACUCUGACCACGAGUUAUUAAUAUUAGUCUAGUCUGAUUCCAAUGUGUUUCCCUCUUUUUAGUUGUAAAUGGAUAAUGGCAAAUCUUGUAAAACACCCUGAAUAAGAAAUGCAAAACAAGUCCCUUACGGGCCACGUGGAGAUGGGGAAAAACAAGCCUGGGUUUGCACAUUGCAGUAAUCUGAGUUCUGGAUGUUAUUGUGUUUUUAGUUGUUACCUAUCAAUUCACGUAGCUUUCUCUCCACUUUUUUCUCUCCCUUUUCACAUUUAGUAGAAUGAAGUAUGCGAUGCCUUAUCUGCCUGCUGCACAGGGAGAGUGUGAUAGGGAGGGUGUAUUUGCUAUUGAGGACAGAUUGAACCUAAUCUCAGAGAAGCCCAAGGAAGGAGACUCCAGGGUCCAGAUUUGGAGGUAA